UGUGACUUUUGUGGCCAUAUUAGCACCGGAGGAAUUAACCGUUUCAAGCUACACAUCACAGGCACCACCUCAAGCGUUCUUUCAUGUUUAAGAUCAACUCCGGAGGCUAAAGCAAUAUGCCAGAGAGCUCUUGAUGCAUAUGAGGCAAAGAAGGUGGCGAAGAAAAAACAUACGGCAGAAGUGAGGGCUGAUGUGCAUGUUACAGCCCUAAAUGAAGCAAGGGAUGGUAGGGAAUCUGUUUGUGUUGGAAGCACAUCAUCGGAGCCCAACAAAUUAGGACCAAUGGACAAGUUUGUGUGUCCUAUUGAUGGUAAAUCAAGCAAAGAGGAAGCCUUGAAGCAGCUAAGUAUGAAUGAAGCACUAUUCAAGGAGAGAAGAGGUCAAUGUUCACCAUAUGUUGCUAGAUGGGUGUAUUCACAUGGCAUACCAUUUAAUGCUCUUGACAAUGAUGAGUUUUGUCAAAUGUGUGAGGCCAUAGGCAAAUUUGGUCCUGGAUAUGAGCCUCCUACUCAAUAUGAGCUUAGGGAGAAGUUGUUGAGUGAUGAAUAUGCAAGGACCAAGAGUUUGUUAGAUGAACGUGAGAAGGAGAAGAUAAAGCUUGGGUGCACCAUCAUGACAGAUGCAUGGACGGACAUGAAGAGGAGGAGCAUAAUGAAUUUGUGCAUGCAUUGCAGUGGGGGGACAAGUUUUCUCAAAUCAAAGGAAACAUCUGAUGUGUCACAUACAAGUGAAGUCAUAUUUCAGCUAGUGGACAGCGCAAUUGAGGAGGUAGGGGCGGAGCAUGUGAUGCAAGUGGUGACGGACAAUGCUUCCAAUAACAUGGGAGCCAAGAAAAUGUUGCUUGAGAAGAGGUCGAAGAUCUUUUGAAGCUCUUGUGCAACUCACACUAUCAACUUAAUGCUCCAAGGAAUUGGCAGCCUCAAGAGAUUCAAAACAAUAAUUGAUCAAGCAAAGAACCUCACCAUCUUCAUCUAUGCGCAUCACAAGACUUUGGCAUUGAUGAGGGUUGCUACAAAAAGGAGAGAUAUCAUAAGGCCGGGGGUGACUAGAUUUGCUUCCGCUUUUCUCACAUUGCAAAGUUUGUUGGAGAAGAAAGAUGCUUUAAGGUAUAUGGUGGUUGAAAGAGCUUGGGAAGAUAUGAAAAAUGUGAAAACAAAGAAAGGCAAGGAUGCAACGGCAACGGUGAUGGAUGCAAACUUUUGGAAAGGUGUGCUCCUAUGCAUAAAGGUGUUUGAGCCAUUGGUGAGAGUACUUCGUUUGGUUGAUGGGGAUAUUAAGCCGUCGAUGGCUUGGUUGUAUGGAGAGUUGGUGAAUGCAAAGAGGGAGAUGAAGGAGGCAUUUAACAACUUAGAGAGGAACUACAAAGAUACUAUGGGCAUUGUUGAAAAGAAGAUGAAUGGAAGGCUAGAUUCUCCACUGCACAUGGCCGCAUAUGUGUUGAACCCACACUAUAGUUAUGCAGAUAGCUCCGUCUUUACCACUGCAAAUGAAGGAUUUCAGGAGUGUGCUGAACAA